UGAUUUCCUUCAGUUACGUCCCACUCCCAGCCGCACUAGUGUGAAAACACCACCCGCAUCUCACGUGACGUAUUAUCAGCGGUGGGAGCCUCAGUCCCUCCACAGCUCGCCUCGAAAUGGUGGAAAUUACGUCUUCUCACGAAGAAGAUUCUCUGCACGGAGAGAGUUUGCCUCCUCCGCCGGAUAUGAACGAGGAUAAUGAUGUAAUUGAGGAGCAUGUUGGAGGAAUAGGAGGCGAGUGUGAAGAUAUACAGCUGACAGGAUGUGGAGCAUCAGCAUGUUGCGACCCCAGGAAAGGAGUCUACAGGUUUAGUGCCCUGUUCUUCAUGUGCUUGGGCUUUGGUUCCUAUUUCUGCUAUGACACCCCCGGCUCACUGCAGGACCAGAUUAAGGACGACAUGGGAGUCAACACGGUCGGAUUUGCCAGCCUCUACUCUCUCUACUCGUGGCCCAAUGUGGUCCUCUGCUUUAUUGGGGGUUUCUUGAUAGACAGAGUGUUUGGUAUCCGUUGGGGCACCAUCAUAUUUUCUACAUUAGUCACGGUGGGUCAGUUCAUUUAUGCAACAGGUGCCGUUACAAACCAGUUCUGGUUGAUGCAGACUGGACGAUUUGUCUUUGGAGUCGGUGGUGAGUCCCUUGCUGUUGCCCAGAACACCUACACUGUAAGCUGGUUCAAAGGCAAAGAACUAAACACUGUGUUUGGACUGCAGCUGAGCAUGGCUCGUGUUGGCUCCACAGUUAACUUCCUUAGCAUGGGUCCUAUCUAUGCCUGGGUUGAUACUUUUGCUGAUGGGUACAAGACGCUUGGAAUUUCACUCUUAAUUGCUGGUGCAACUUGUAUUUUUUCUCUGAUUUGCGCGGUAAUCCUUGGCCUGCUUGACAAGAGACGCUCCAAGGUGCUCGGCAUUGCCGAGUCUGGAGAAAAGGUGCAGCUUAGGGAUAUUCUAACUUUCCCACUCUCCUUCUGGCUCCUGUGUGUGAUCUGUGUCUCAUACUAUGUAGCCAUCUUCCCUUUUAUUGGGCUGGCCAAAGUCUUCUUCAUGCGCAAGUUCGAUUUCGACGAGGCGAGUGCCAACGGAGUCAGCAGCAUUGUCUAUGUUAUUUCGGCUUUCGCAUCUCCUAUCCUGGGAUAUAUUGUGGACCGACUGGGGCGCAACAUCCUUUGGGUUUUCAUUGCCGUGUUGGUGUCGUUCGCUCCUCUGCCCUCUCAUGGUGCCAUGGUAAGAAAAAAGAUGGCCUACAGUUAUAUUAAUUAAACCUUUUUGCUUUCUCUCUCGCAGAGUGUGUUAGGCUUAGCAUACUCUCUCCUGGCUAGUGCACUUUGGCCAAUGGUGUCUCUCAUCAUCCCAGAACAUCAACUUGGGAGUGCAUAUGGCAUGAUGCAGAGUAUCCAGAAUCUUGGCCUGGCCUUAAUCAGCAUGUUAGCCGGACUGAUUGUUGACUUGAAAGGCUACCUUGUCCUUGAGAUGUUUUACAUGAUAUGGCUUUGUGUUGCCUUGAUAUCCACUGUGGUAAUGUGGUUGACGGAUUCAGCUUCAAGAGGAGUGCUUAAUCUAACUGUUGCUGAGCGGCGGAACAGAGAGUCGGACAGGGAACGUCUACUCAGCUCAUAGGUAAUGUACUGUCAAUGUAAUAAAGUAGGCGGUACAUAUCAGAGACAAGAAGAAGGUCUUAAUAGCAUUCCUCUCAACGCUCAGGCAGGAGUUGUGGAAGUGAAAGGAUCUUCCCUCAUACCAAAGACAGGGUCAAAGAGAUUUGCCGUAAACUUUAAAAUGGAAGAAUAAGCUACCUGAUCUCCUAUGGCAACAUGAUCAGUUUCAUGAAUGAAAUUAUGUAUUGUAGAUUAGGGUCCCAAGAUUUUGCAUUUGAGAUUGUUAGUAAAAGUUUAACUUUUUAUCAUAAUAAAGGAAACAGACUAUUUUAUUUUUGUAAUGUCUAUAAUUGAUAGCCUGUACAUUUUUUUUUAAUAGCUUUUAUUGUUAGUACAAUAAGGUUAGUGACAGAAGGAUCAGCAUUUAUUUGUGAUCUUCAAUUGUGUGGAUAAAAUUUUUACAUAGAGCUGAAGUGAUAUAGUUACCAUCACCAAAUGUUUUAUUGUACAUCUAAUGUGUUUUAUGUUUACUGGUAAAAGUGUAAAACUUUAAUGAGUGUUUUAUGUAUGAAAGAAUAAAUUUCUUUAAAUCAGAGAAAGUUAAUAUCUUAUAAUUUGAUAGAUUAAUUAAUGUAUUUAUUUAGAAGAUAUUGUUCCAUUAGUCAAAAAAUAAUGAAAAAGGUUAAAAGAAAACAGUCGCAUGGUAAAAAAUAAUGCUCUAAUGUGGUGAAUUGACUAUAUCAGAACAGCCAAUAAAUGUACCAAAUGGAUUACUUUAUUUAUAUUUUGUAAGGUCACCAUUCUUUUAUGUGAUAUAAAAUUCCGUGAAAGGAGAAAUUGUGGAAAGACUGACUGGAAGUUUAAUGGGAGAAUUCAGUGUUAUACAUUUUUUUCUCUUAUUUACCAGUCUUUCAAUGACUCAUUUUUCUGUCUUUCAAGCAAGUACUAACUACCUUUUUUAAAUGUAAACCUAAAUAGGGUGGAUAAAAUGAUGUUCAUUUGUAGUGUCUCUAAUGCAUAAUUCACUUCUUAAAAUGAUCUAUUUUUUGUAUCGACUUGGAGAUUAAAGUGAAUUGUUAUUAUAAAUACUUAUUUUAAGUCAAUUUUAACCCAUUAUGCUGAUAAUGUAAUAUUAUGUAUUUUGUGAGGGCAUACUAUGCUUUGUUGUUAUGAAAAAUCAUGUGUUCACAGACAUUCUCACAUGAGGUAUAAAGCAGUGUCUUUUGACAGAAUUUAGUAAAAAAUAUAAGGCAAAAUUGCAAUCCUGAACCUCUGGUAUUGGAAACUCCAUUCCAGUCAAUAUUCUCAUUCAUACCUGACCAUUAUUAAUGGUAUUUAUAAGGGAUAACAAGUAUUCUUAAGAUAUGAACUUAAAGAUAUGCCCACCAAUGAAGGUUACAUUGUACUGUCAAGCCAGCCAUGGAGGGGUUAAAACAAACCCUGUUUAAUAUAUAAUGAUGUAUGAUAAGCUAACAUUUUGUUGCAAAUGAUAAAAAGAUGUGAUAUAUGUGUACAUACACAUUUUAUUUUAGUGUAUCUUCAAGUGCCUUAUUACGUCUUUCAUGUUUAAUAGAAAAGGAAGGUAAAAAAAAAAAUCAAUGUAAAGUAUUGGCUUUUAGAGAAUUUUAAAGUAAACUGGUAUUUUUUAACUCCUACAUAUUUUUAAGCCAUACUAGUUGCAUUUUCAGGACUUUUUUAAGACCUAUUAAAAAGGAAAAAGAGAAUCCAAAUGAGGCCUCUUUGACCUUAUCUUUCCAUAAUGCGUCUCUCUCAGGUGCCGGAUAUGGUACUCCUUGUGCUGGUUAAUUGAUGAAUUCAAAUCUAUUUGUUACAUGACUUCUGAGCCAAAGAAUGGUUACAAUCAUUUCUUUCUUUAUAUUCUGUGCACUGUAACAGAGAAGUUGUUCAUUUUAAUUUAAGUGUUUAUCAAUUUCUGAUACAAAAUGGGCACUUCAGUCAUACAUUACUUUUAGAAUAAUUUGUAAUGUAUAGGAAUUGUUAUUUAUCAUAUAAAUAAAAAAGUACAUAUAUG